CAAUGCGCGUCUCAGUUAUUGCCGGAUUCUUUUUGAUAUAUUUAUCUAUCCAAGAUGCCGACGGUUCCUGGUGCACGAGUCAAAGGCAACGAGUGGAAACUUACUCGGAACUAGUAUCCAGUUCACGUCCUACUAAAUACUACACAGGAUGUGGGCUUUUCAGCUUGUGGAGGUGUACUCGAUUACGAUAUAUCACAAUUUACUCUACUCAACAAAGAGCAAGAACAGUUACAUAUUCAGUCCGAGCCUGCUGUGCCGGAUAUAAGGGAUCAAACUGCGAAAUUCCGAUAUGCAAUUGCUUCAAUGGAGGAACGUGUAUAAGGCCAAACCACUGCACAUGCGUCACUGGAUACGCAUCCCCCUCCUGUACAGAUAUCGACGAGUGUUCAAUAAGAAAUGGUGGAUGUGAUCACACCUGCGCAAAUACGGCUGGUAGCUAUGCAUGUUCUUGUAGAUCAGGCUAUAGACUUCAUGGAAAAACAUGUGUAGAUAUCAAUGAGUGCAACAAUGGAAAUGGGGGAUGUGCGCAAAUAUGUAGUAAUACAAUUGGAACUUACACAUGCUCUUGUAAUAAUGGGUAUUAUCUAUCUUCCACCAACCGACGUAGCUGCAUAGAUGUUGACGAGUGUAGUUUAGGGACAUCUCGAUGUGACCAGGGAUGCGUUAAUACACUCGGAUCCUACAGAUGUACCUGUCAUGCGGGUUAUGCUCUUCAUUCAAACGGGUAUACAUGCAACGACAUCAAUGAAUGUUCACAACUCAACGGUGGAUGUAGCCAGUUGUGUAUAAACACACAAGGUUCAUUUCGUUGUGACUGCAACCCAGGAUAUGACCUAAAUGACCAGACUUGUGAAGAUAUUGACGAAUGUUCCGUGUCAGACCAAGGGUGCCAGCAUCAAUGUGAAAACACUGAUGGCUCAUAUCGCUGCUUCUGCAAUACUGGUUACAUCUUAGAUUCCAAUGAGAAAAAUUGCAAAGACGAAGAUGAAUGUUCUAAAGAUAUAUGUGACCAGCAUUGCUCUAAUACACAUGGAUCAUAUGUGUGUUCAUGUAACACAGGCUAUGUACUCAGCAGCAACGGCAGAACUUGUUCAGAUGUUGAUGAAUGUCAGGUCAACAAUGGAGGAUGCGAUCCGGACUUAAUGAAAUGCAUCAAUUUAAUUGGCUCAUUUGGUUGUGAUUGUCGUAAGGGGUACACAUUGGAUGAUGAAACGAGUAAAACGUGUAUCAACAUCGACGAGUGUGCCCAAGGAUUUGAUGGUUGUACGGGAGGCUGUUUGAACACACCUGGGGGUUUUAAUUGUACGUGCGAUCCUGGGUUUUCUCUAGAAAGCGAUGGAAAAACGUGUGCAGAUAUCAAUGAGUGUGCCCAAGGAACUGAUGGUUGUAUGGAAGGCUGCUUGAAUACACCAGGGACCUUUAGGUGUAUCUGCAAUCCUGGAUUCCUUUUAGAAAAAGAUUAUAAAUCAUGCGCAGAGACGAAUGAAUGCCUUAUAAAUAAUGGUGGAUGUACACAUACCUGCAUUGAUACCUAUGGCAGUUUUGUAUGUUCUUGCCCCGAUGGUUUCCUUCUUGGUCCUGAUAAAUUGACAUGUAUUGAUGAGUCAACAAUUGUAGAUGCUUGUCAUCCGAAUCCUUGUAAACACGGUGGAAUAUGCUCCCUUGGUGAUGACGACAGCUUUAUUUGCGCAUGCGCGGAUUCUGGGUUUGGAGGAAUAUUGUGCAACAGGAGAAUAUUAAUGGCUAAUGUUGUUGAUGACGCCUUCAACUCUGGACAGAAAUCAGGGUCCAUUCAGGUGCGAGCAAAACCAGAAAACAGCCUAACCAUUACUCCAACGGCACCUGGGCUCUCGUUUCUACCCACAUCGUUAGAACUUAGGAACGACGUAACAGUCGGGUAUUUUGAGGUGAAAAGUAUUUCAUCAGGACCAAAGCCAAUAAAGUUUAUCCUUUCAGGUAGCGAUGCAGAUAUAUUUGAUGUUGUUGAUGAAUUACAAGUGUUUGUAAAAGAUGUAUUCUCACGUUUACAUCUUGCACGUAAGAUUCUACCCGGCGGGUGUUUUCCACUACCCUUAACCACUUGCCCAACUGUGUUUAAUGAAGAGAUUGGACUUUCUUCUACGGCGGAAUGGUAUCAGCUUAACUCAAAUUCAAAUGUUAAAUUCACGCUUGGAAUAACAUUUGUCGUCAUCAAUAACUUUCCGUUGCCAAUUUCA